AGAAAGCAAGAAGAUAUUGAGGCGAUGAUACCUUCCACUCAACAUCCACAACCCCCAAAGCUUCCGCGUGUAGAGCCAUUGACACAGGAGGUAGUGUAAAUCUCUCACAAUGAUUCGACAUCUAUGUCAAGAAAUUUGACCUCUUUGUUGAAGUUUGUAUCACCAUGGGAUAAUGACUACCACAAGAAGAUUAAUAUCCCAUCGCAUGUUUUUGGAUACAACACGAUUGCUACGCUUUUCAAGGAUGAUGUGAUACAAUUUUGCAACAUGGACAAGAUUGGGCAAACUCCAAUGAUAUUGUAUUUGAGGUUGUUGGAUGAUAUACUACAUACCAAUGGGUUGGAUCAUUUGUACGCAUUUCAGCAUCCAGGUGAAGUUAGUGUAGGUCAUGAGAAUAAGCGUGCCCAAGCACUUAAAGAUCGAUUCAUUCAAAUGGGUGAGAAGCAGUUCCUUAUUUGUCCCUGGAAUAACAAUGCUUUCACGCUAUAUGAUACGGAAAAAGGAAAAAGAGUUGUAAGUCUAAAGUAUUAUAGUCCAAAAUGCCGACAACAACCAAAAACCACAGAGUGCGGUAUCUACUGCAUGAAGUAUGCUAGGGAUCUCAUUUCACAACAAAGAACCAGAUCAUAUCUAUCGAAUAAUGUAAUAACUAAAUGUGUUUACCUUUUAACUUUAAUAAUGUUAUAUUUUAAUUUCAUAAAUAUUUGACUUGUAACUUAUAAUUUAAAUUAUUUGCAGUUCAAUUCAGAUUUACCAUAUACUGACGCUGAACUUAAUGAAGUUCAAGAAGAGUAGGCAAAAUAUAUUCUACCGCAUCUCGUUAAAUGAUGGCAUGCAUGCUUAGUACCUAUGUGAGGGGAUUUAGUCAUUUUUUGAACUUUCUAUUUCUUUUAUUAGA